AUGGUACGUGUUGGCGGUGGUUGGGCGGACCUCGGGGAAUAUCUUCGCGAGUAUGCCAUGCAUCACGGAAGACGAGGCAUAAUCGACGGUAGAUUUGAAGUACAAGGAAUUCCCGUUGUCAGCAAAUAUCCCCGGGCGCCAACCCCUACUUCUACAAAUGGUCGAACCACACCCAUACCUCCCUCGCGACCUGGCUCCGCUAUGGACAUUCGCCCGGGGUCCUCUCUAGCAGUCCGGAGGGCAAGACGUGCAACCGGCUCAGGUGCAGAUCUGUUACCAAACCUCACCGCUGCCAAUAUUCAAAGACUAUCUGAGGAAGGUGUUAGUCCUGGCAACUCUUCUGUUCUAUCCUCGCAACGACGCCCAUCACUAUCCUCCGCAACUUCUGUAAGCACCUCGGUUGUAGGGGAUCACUCAUUUAACACCACUCCAUCCCACCGCUCCUUUUCCACAAUCACCGGCGCCGCUCAUUCAACACCACUUGGUUUAGCUGGCCCCAAACCUCGAUCAAAACAACAUACCAUUAGUCCGGAGAGCGAGGCCUGGGUUGAAGACGUCAUGGGCCAGGCACGAAGGAGCUCAUCUACUCUUAGAGCCCAGCGAUCCAUGACUACCAUGCGUAGCAGCUCUGGCGUCCUUCGACGCAUGCCCAGUGCAACUCUUAAUGAACAGAGCCCGACAAACAGCAUUGCAAUGAACAAAGUUCGGGGCGAGAACAAACUCCGGAGCGCAAGUGAUAUGGGAGGCGUGUCACUUAACAAACGAGUCUUUUUACGCCGACUAGGGAAAGAAAAGGAGUAG